AUGCUGAUGCCUUAUCUGAAUGCUCUCUCCAGUUUCCGAGAGAAAGUUAGGAAUAUCGCCAAGGAAAAUAAAGUGACCGCCAUUCUGGAGGAAUGUGACCGGUUACGAGACGAUGUUCUCCCUGAACUGGGUGUCCGACUGGAGGAUCGAGCACAGGAAACAGUGGUGAAGCUAUGUGACCGUGACAUUCUACUUCGUGAACGUGAACAAAAGCGAGCAAUCGAAGCAGCAAGACGAGAAGAAAAAGAGCGGAAAGCCGCAGAGAAAGCAGAGAAAGAGGCGUCCAAACGUAUUCCUCCCCAGGAGAUGUUCUGCCGAGGCGAUGAAGCGGCGAAAUAUAGCAAGUGGGAUGAGAACGGUAUCCCCACGCACACGGCUGACGGCGAAGAGAUUUCUAAGAAACAACGGAAGAAACUGGAAAAGUUGUGGGAGACACAGCAGAAGAAUUACCAGCAGGCCAUGGCGUCUGGAAAUUAG